GCUAUUCUUUGAUGAUUGGGCAGCGGCAAACUUCAAAGUAAUAAAUCUUAUUUCUGACUGGCUGGCGGCCCACCAAAGUCCUUAUCAAAUUCUAAGAAGUGAUCCCUCACUCUCCAGAUAGUCCAAGGAUAUCUCGAGGAGAGGAAGUAUUGAGAGUGAAGACUUUACCACGUCAAUACAUUUUUCUACGAUUUUACAUUCAUCUCAAUUAGUUUUAUUGUGAUUUGUUUUUAACAAGAAGGAAGAGAACGUUUACCAUGGCAGCAGUGGCUGUACUGCGGAAUGAAACACUCCAGGCUUUUCUUCAGGACCGUACUCCGAACUCUUCUCCAGAGAACUGCAAACAUUCCCCACUGGCGCUGUUAGCUGCCACUUGUAACCGGAUCGGACACCACCACGGAUCAAGUCCGGCAGAUUUCCUACAGGUUCCUUACGAUACUACCUUAGGCUCACCGUCACGAAUUUUUCAUCCUUGGAGCAAUGAGGGGAAUCCUCAAAGCACUCUGUCUAGCAAUUCUACCUUUGGACUAUCAUCUAAAUCCCAGCUCCACAUCCAAAGCUCAUUUACCGCCCAUCACGAGCUCCCUCUCACCCCUCCAGCGGAUCCCUCAUAUCCCUAUGACUUUUCCCCUGUGAAGAUGUUACCAUGUUCCAUGCAGUCGUUACAGUCCUCUUGUCCACCCACGUACGUCCCCGCUGUAACGUAUGCAGCGCCAACUGCCAUGCCAGGUUUUGUUACGGGACACUCUGGCCUUGUUCACCAACAACAGAGACAGUUGUCCCCUAACCCAGGGGAGGAUAUUCCGUGGUGGAGUCUCCAACAGGGAAAUCACGUGAGUCACCACUCAAUUACAACUCAAUCCCUUGGUCACCACCGUUUCCAACUGCAGAGGGGCUUGGUGAUGGGACAUACAGACUUCGCGCAGUAUCAGACUCAAAUCGCUGCUCUUCUACACACCAAGUCUCCUCUCGCAACAGCCCGAAGAUGCCGGAGAUGCAGGUGUCCAAACUGUCAGUCAUCCACCUCAAAUGAUGAGCCCGGAAAGAAAAAACAACACAUCUGUCACAUACCAGGAUGCGGGAAAGUUUAUGGCAAAACCUCUCAUCUCAAAGCUCAUCUCAGAUGGCACUCGGGAGAACGUCCGUUUGUUUGUAAUUGGCUUUUCUGCGGCAAGAGUUUCACCAGGUCUGAUGAGCUUCAGAGGCACCUGAGGACUCAUACAGGAGAGAAGCGCUUUGUUUGUCCAGACUGUUGUAAGAGGUUCAUGAGGAGUGACCAUUUGGCAAAACAUGUAAAAACUCACCAAAACAAAAAAACGAAGUGUCAUGAGAAGACACUUGAACAUCACGUGAAAAGGGAAGAUAUGAGGAACAUGUAGUAAGCCUACAUUAGAGUCUUGAUUAGUAAUCAAGAUAGACCAACUAGUGCAAUAUAAGUCAUUUACUUAGUUCAAGUACAAAGUGACGAUUCUAUAAUUUUGGGUUACUUUGCUUUUUCUUACAUUCAGAAAAAUAAUUUCUCUAACAUUGCUGGUCUGUGUAGCAUUUUCUUUGUAUAUAUGACAUUUAACUCAUCAAGUUUAAUUGGGAUCCUGGAAAAAUGUAGGCUACUUUAAUACCCCAUGAGCUAGUGUUCACUGUCUAUACCAUAUCAAGAAAGACAAGUUUCAACUUGUGUUUUGACCAUUGUCUUCGGUGGAAGAUUUAACUUUCUUGUAAAUAAUAUUUAAUAGCUUUUGUUGAAUGAAAGUGUCAGUUUUCACUCCAUGUGGGGUGUUUUAGCAUGCUCUUGAAAAGAUAUGCUAUUGUUGAUAUGACCCAAAUACUGUGUGAGAAUAAAAAAUAUAAAAUGUUCCCAUGUCAGAAUUAGUCUUAUUUAAUUUUUUAUAAUAAUGACUUCCACACUAUGCGGUUACCUUCAAAAGGGCUUGAUUCAUAUCAAUUGAUCAUCGUCUAAAGCAUUUAGACAUUAUUGCUAUUAAGCCUGAGAAUGUAUUGAUAAAGAAAAAGUUGUAUGACUAAACUGAAAACUUUGUCAAACAAUUAGAAAAUAGUUAGACAUCCAAUAAUAGCAUGACCGAUAAUUGAAAGAAUAUAAAACAUUUAAAAUAAUAAUUUAAACACAGUAUUGACAUGUAGAGAAGGUUAAUUUAGGCAAAAGAUUCAGUUGCACCUGUUUAAGGAUUUGCUUCUGGUUUUGGCAUAUGCAAUAACAAAAAGAGCUUGCAAAAGCAUAGUCUGUGGUCUCUAAGUUAUAAUUAGUGAAGCCGGUCCUACUCAUCAGUAUUGUGCCUUAUACACAAACAUGGCUUGUAUUUGAAAUAAUCCCACUGUCAACUGAUGAGAUUUCUAAUAACUAGAUUUACAAGUUAGAUGUGGGUAUAAUUGUUAUAAUGUAAAAAACCUAAUUGAAAUGUAUUCAACAAGGUUCUGGACACAAGAUAUUUUAAGAUACGUUUGCGUUACUAUGUAAAUAGUGUGGUUCGCUAACUUUUGUGUUGUGACCUACCUACGGUCUUAACAUCUCCAGCGACUCAAGUUAAAAAAAAAAGUUUCCUCAAUAAGUUUUCUCUGAGACCCAGUAAGAAUUGUCUGUGACCCACUAGUGGUACCAAUCCAGUGAUUAAAAAAUACUGUGUGAAGGAACUUAUUUUUCUGUGGAGUAACUGGAGUCCAGUCAGUGUAUAGAGAUUGUAUUGACAGAGUUCCCCCUAACAUCUUAUUGGCCAUCUUAUGUUGAUGUGCAGAGGAUAUUUAUGUGUAGAAAUACAAGAGUAAAAAGCAUCAUAUCAUUAGUAAAAAUGUUGUUCUGCUUAAGGUUUCUUGAGAGAAAAAGUGUAGUAUCUUGAUAACUGAAACUAAAGUGUGUUUUAAUGCAUGGAUUAGUAAUACUGCAGGCACUGAAUUACUAAACAGUCUUAAUUCAAGUCCCAACAAUGUAGAAUGAAGUCGAGGCAGGAUUUCAUACUGAAUGAGCCGUACACAAUUUUGAAUUAAACACAGAUAAGCUUAACAUCAGCGGGCGACUGAAACAACAAUUACCUGACAGUGUGUUAACGUUAAUUCAAAACCCAUCUAUAUAUUGUCCCAGAUUUCCUCUAAUCAGGAUAUGUUACGCUGGGUCCUGUGCUUCAGGAAAUGCACGACUACAGUAUAUCCACAAACUGCUGUUGAUGAAAAGGUCAAACUUUUGAGCAGUCAGUUUGCCUGUUGUUUUCCUUGCUGUAGCGCCCCCUAUUGUAAGGGACUAACUGCUGUUGAAAUGUACUUGUGGGGGUUUUACAGGCCUAUUGAAGUGAUUCUCCUCUCUAUGAAAAAAAAACAUUCUUGCAUUUGCAGUAUAGGGAACUCAUAGCAAAUGUUGAUGAAAUUAAUCUUGUGAUCGGUACCGGAUUCCUUGCUUAAUGUGUGCACUGUGGUUUUGUCCAUAUUGUAGUAGCAUUAUCUUCAUUUAGUAGUGUGCCUGGUUUGGGACGACUUGCUGAAACCAAUGCAGUAACAAGGUUUUGAGAUUGAUCAAAAUGGCCAGCCCUUUCCCCGCAUCUACAAUUGUUUGAAAUAAUUUCAAGCUGCAAAAAAUGUAUACGUUGGGCACAUUAACGCAAAUGUGUAUUCUUAUGGCACAAGAAGAUUAAGGCUUUUAGCUUGACCUGUACCUGAGAACUAGCAAACUAGUGUUUGAGUGAACAGGUCCUUUCAAACUCUGGAAUUAAUAUCUAAACAUUUCCGAUUGAGGCAUUCAAUCAGUUUUCCCACAGAGGUUUUCCACAUUCCAUAGAUGGAACAGUAGUUAUCUACAGUACAAGUAUCACACAGGAAAGGGGAGGGAAGAUGGGGGGGUAUUGUGAACUACAAUACAUUGGGGGAGGUCACAGAGACGAGUCUUCACCAUUUGAACUUUUAAGCCUUGAUCCAAAUUUCAUUAUCCUAUUAUGAAGCUGUGACUUCUAGAGAUGCCUUGAAAACAUCCAUGGAGGCUCCUAACAGCAGACAAAGGCUUUGUUUGUCACUGAUUGCCUUUAUAUUUCCAAGAUAGCCAUGACUAUAAUAAACUGGAUUUAUACAGAAUGUCUACACAGCUGUAAAAACAAAGCUUAGUUACUGUGGUAAAUUCUGUUUCAUUGUAUGAAAUAAAUAUUCAUAAAUUCACUCUCUGGUUGUCCUGUCCAUAGCAGUUGAUGUCCAACACUUCAGAAUGUUAAACAUAAAUAUAUAUACAAUCAUUAUUUUUGUUGUAAGCAAUGGCCUGAAUCCAAACCCG